UGGGAAAAACAUGUUGGAGAACACAAACAGUCUCAAUAUACCUCGAGUAAAUGGCAAUAAAACCUGCACCUGCACAGCUACCAAUUAUCUGGGAAACAUAACUAAGACAAUCCAUCUUCAUGUUGAACCAAGAGGUUGCCCCCUAACAGUGAACCCUUCUGAAACUGUUGUGAAAUUUGGAGAUCCAGUUUCAAUCAACUGCAGCACAUCAGCCAGAUAUGUUGAAGGAAUGGGCUGGGAGGCUCCAUUUGGAGGUACAGGAUUUGAGCGUCCUCCUGUUGUCACUUGGAGGGUUGAUAAACUAGAAGAGUGGACUCCAAGUCCUUUCUGCUAUGCUACUUUGGUUGAUGGAUUACAGUGUGCUGUGAGACCAGUCAUCACUGUUUACAAAACACCAAACAUUGUGUCAAUAUAUCCACUGAAUCAAAGUCAAAUGAUGGAGGAACAUGUACACAUAGUGCCUUACAAUAAAAACACGAGAACGCAGUACUGGUUACGGUGUGACAUCAUAAAUGUUGCUCCUGUUCAACACCUGACUGUGAGAUGGUACAAAAAUAAUAAAACCAUUCAGACAGAGUCUUUCAAUGACAAAACAACUAAAAAACCAGUAAAUGAGUCCUCUAUUCUGAGAAUCGACAUCAGCAGAAAAGAAAAAGCCAUUGAGUUCAGAUGUGAAGCUCAGCUGGACUUUGGACCACAUGGACUAAAACCUCCUGCCAUUUCUCAAACACACAGAGUUUCAGCCCACUAUGCUCCUGAGAUCAACACAAGUUGUGCUGUUGACAUCUCACCACUUGAGGGCACUAACAUCACAUUGAGCUGUGAAGCUGAGGGCAACCCUCCUCCUGUGUAUAACUGGACUUGUGAUGGGGAAAACAUGUUGGAGAACACAAACAGUCUGAAUAUCACUCGAAUCAAUCACAAUAAAACCUGCACCUGCACAGCUACCAAUUACCUGGGAAACAUAACUAAGACAAUCCAUCUUCAUGUUGAACCAAGAGGUUGUCCUCUAACUCUGGCACCUUCUGAAAUUGUUGUGAGAUUUGGAGAUCCAGUUUCAAUCAACUGCAGCACAUCAGCCACAGAUGUUGAAGGAAUGGUCUGGAUGGUUCCUGGUGGACACACAAGAUUUGAAAGUCAUACUGAAGCCACUUGGAUGAUUGAGAAAUUUCAAUACUGGGCAUCAAAACCAUCAUGCCACAUCACUCUAAAUGACGAUUUUCAGUGUUCUGUGAGUCCAGUCAUCACCGUUUAUAAAGCUCCAGAAAAGGUGUCAGUCACUGAAUUGGAUAAUGCUCAAACGGUGGGGGGGACAGCAUACAAAAAGUACCCACAUACACAACACAAACUGCAGUGUGACAUCAUAAAUGUUGCUCCUGUUCAAUAUCUCACUGUUAGCUGGUACAAAAGCAAUGAAAGGAUCCACACCCAAUUUUUCAAUGACACAACCAAAACUCCAGUAAAUGAGUCCUCAAUUCUGAGUGUCGACAUCAGCAGAAAAGAGGAUGUAGCUGAGUUCAGAUGUGAAGCUGAGCUGGACUUUGGACCACAUGGACCAAAACCUCCUGUCAGUUCUCAAACACACAUAGUUUCAGCCCACUAUGCUCCGGAAAAAAACACAAAGAAUAGUACUCAAGACAUUUUUCUACUUGAGGGCACUAAUAUCACCUUGAGCUGUGAAGCUGUUGGAAACCCUCCUCCUGUGUAUAACUGGACUUGUGAUGGGGAAAAUAUGUUGGAGAACACAAACAGUCUCAAUAUCACUCGAGUCAAUCACAAUAAAACCUGCACCUGCACAGCUACCAAUUAUCUGGGAAACAUAACCCACACAAUCAAUGUUCAUGUGAAAACAAGAGGUUGCCCACUAACACUGACACCUUCUGAAACUGUGGUGAGAUUUGGAGAUCCAGUUUCAAUCAACUGCAGCACAUCAGCCACAGAUGUUGAAGGAAUGGGCUGGGAGGCUCCAUUUGGAGGAACAGGAUUUGAACCAUCUCCUGUUGUCACUUGGAGUGUUGAUAAACUAGAAGAGUGGACUCCAAGUCCUUUCUGCUAUGCUACUUUGGUUGAUGGAUCCCAGUGUGCUGUGAGUCCAGUCAUCACUGUUCAUAGACCACACGGACCAAAAUUUCCUGCCAUUUCUCAAACACACAAUGUUUCAGCCCACUAUGCUCCUGAGCUAAUUCUUAAAAGUAGCACUGAAGACAUUUUUCCACAUGGGGGUGCUGAUAUCACCUUGAGCUGUGAAGUUGAAGGAAACCCUCCUCCAGUCUUUAACUGGACUUGUGAUGGGGAAAAUAUGCUGGAGAACACAAACAGUCUCAAUAUUACUCGAGUUGAUCGCAAUAAAACCUGCACCUGCACAGCUACCAAUUAUCUGGGAAACAUAUCUAAAACAAUUAAUGUUCAUGUCACACCAAGAGGUUGUCCUCUAACUCUGGCACCGUCUGAAAUUGUUGUGAGAUUUGAAGAUCCAGUUUCAAUCAAAUGCAGCACAUCAGCCACAGAUGUUGCUGAAAUGGCCUGGAUGACUCCUGCUGGAGACAAAGAAUUUAAACCUGGUUCUGAUGUCACUUGGAUGGUUAAAAACCUGAAAUGGUGGACUCCAAGUCCUUUCUGCAGCAUCACUCUAAAUGACGAUUUUCAGUGUUCUGUGAGUCCAGUCAUCAUUGUUUAUAAAACCCCAGAGACUGUGUCAAUCUCUGAAUUGAAUCAUGGUCCGAUGUUGAAGCACAAAGAGGACAAGAAGUACACCAAGACACAAUACAAACUGCAAUGUGACAUCAUCAAUGUUGCUCCUGUUCAGUAUCUCACUAUUACUUGGUAUAAAAACAAUAAAAUCAUCAAGACACAGUCCUUCAAUGACACAACCAAAACACCAGUAAAUGAGUCGUCUGUUCUGAGAGUCGACAUCAGCAGAGAAGAAAAAGUCGUUGCAUUCAGAUGUGAGGCCAAGCUGGACUUUGGACCACAUGGACCAAAACUUCCUGCUAUUUCUCAAACACACAAUGUUUCAGCCCACUAUGCUCCAGAGGUAAACACAAAAGAUAGUACUCAUGACUAUCUACUUGAAGGUUCUAAUAUCACCUUGAGCUGUGAAGCUGAGGGAAACCCUCCUUGUGUCUAUAAGUGGACUUGUGAUGGGGAGAAUAUGUUGGCGAACACAAACAGUCUCAAUAUUACUCGAGUAAAUCGCACUAAAACCUGCACCUGCACAGCUGCCAAUUAUCUGGGAAGCGUAACCAAGACGAUCAAUGUUCAUGUUGAACCAAGAGGUAAAACCAAUAAAAUCACUUUUACAGUCAUUUGGGCUUUGCCAUUUAUAGCAGUCAUCAUCUCCAUCUUCAUUGUGUUCUACUGUCGCAAUCAGUGGAAAAAACAUGGACAUUAUAGUUUUGUUUCUGACAAAGAUAUCCCUUUGACACAAACUAAUGGAAACAAAUAAGAUAUCUGCUGCUUUCUGUAAAUUGAAGCAAAAACUUAAUUUUAUGUGCUACCUAAUUAUUUUCCUUUCAUUAAAAAAGACGUUCUACACCCAUUUCAUACCCUUGUAUGAAAAAUUCCUAGCUUCACAUUCCUGGAAAUGUGGGCCCACCCACUUCAACAAUGGA